CUUGUCCAUUAGAGAAAGUCACUGUCGAGCUGCGGAGCGACUCGCGUCUCUCACACCUCCGAUUAAGAAGAACUAGAGCCGAAGGGACUUGAAUCACUGUUUUAUUUUCUGUCUCCCUCCGCAGCCGCACAUGGACUUCUUGCUGGACACCUGCGGACGGCGGAGGUGUCUGCUGGUGAUGCAGCUGUUUGUGUUGAAGGCAGCAGCCUACUGUCCCAAACCUCAGCUAGGUUCACAUAUAGUUUUGACAAAUGAGGCACUUCUCAUGAAUGAGUUCCCAGAAGGCUCGGAUGCCACUGUGGAGUGUGCUCACGGAUUCGUUAAUGAAAGUGGCUCCGGGGUCAUGAGCUGCACUGGUGGGAAAUGGACUGAACCAGAUCUCAGGUGUAAAAAGAAGGACUGCGGUCCCCCCAUACCUCAGCCUCACAUGACUUUCAACCUCAGUGAUGGAACUCUGUUUGGAGCAAAAAUAGUAGUCAGUUGUGAUAAAGGAUUCGAGAUCAGUGGAUCGAGCUACAAAACGUGCUACGCUGGAGGCUGGACGGGAAGGUCCAAGUGUGAAAUGGUAAUGUGUGAGCAACCUGCUGAAGUGGCCAAUGGCAGAAGCCUGUGGGAUUCUCAAGACGAACCCAAAUAUGGAGAAAUCAUAGAGUUUGCCUGUAAUGAAGGAUUCACCCUCGUUGGUAGCAAGAGCAUCAUGUGCAGUGAUUAUGGUGAAUACCAUCCUGGGCCUCCUGAAUGCAAAGCCUACUGUCCCAAACCUCAGCUAGGUUCACAUAUAGUUUUGACAAAUGAGGCACUUCUCAUGAAUGAGUUCCCAGAAGGCUCGGAUGCCACUGUGGAGUGUGCUCACGGAUUCGUUAAUGAAAGUGGCUCCGGGGUCAUGAGCUGCACUGGUGGGAAAUGGACUGAACCAGAUCUCAGGUGUAAAAAGAAGGACUGCGGUCCCCCCAUACCUCAGCCUCACAUGACUUUCAACCUCAGUGAUGGAACUCUGUUUGGAGCUCAAAUAGUAGUCAGUUGUGAUAAAGGAUUCGAGAUCAGUGGAUCGAGCUACAGCUGCUACGCUGGAGGCUGGGCGGGAAGGGCCAAGUGUGAAAUGGUAAUGUGUGAGCAACCUGCUGAAGUGGCCAAUGGCAGAAGCCUGUGGGAUUCUCAAGACGAACCCAAAUAUGGAGAAAUCAUAGAGUUUGCCUGUAAUGAAGGAUUCACCCUCGUUGGUAGCAAGAGCAUCAUGUGCAGUGAUUAUGGUGAAUACCAUCCUGGGCCUCCUGAAUGCAAAGCCCUCUGUCCCAAACCUCAGGUAGGUUCACAUAUAGUUUUGACAAAUGAGGCACUUCUCAUGAAUGAGUUCCCAGAAGGCUCGGAUGCCACUGUGGAGUGUGCUCACGGAUUCGUUUAUGAAAGUGGCUCCGGGGUCAUGAGCUGCACUGGUGGGAAAUGGACUGAACCAGAUCUCAGGUGUAAAAAGAAGGACUGCGGUCCCCCCAUACCUCAGCCUCACAUGACUUUCAACCUCAGUGAUGGAACUCUGUUUGGAGCUCAAAUAGUAGUCAGUUGUGAUAAAGGAUUCGAGAUCAGUGGAUCGAGCUACAAAACGUGCUACGCUGGAGGCUGGACGGGAAGGGCCAAGUGUGAAAUGGUAAUGUGUGAGCAACCUGCUGAAGUGGCCAAUGGCAGAAGCCUGUGGGAUUCUCAAGACGAACCCAAAUAUGGAGAAAUCAUAGAGUUUGCCUGUAAUGAAGGAUUCACCCUCGUUGGUAGCAAGAGCAUCAUGUGCAGUGAUUAUGGUGAAUACCAUCCUGGGCCUCCUGAAUGCAAAGGUGCGACAACAGAAGAUAGAAUAGCACCAAGACCUGCGCCUACAGCACAAGGGUUCACUUCUACAGAUUCAUCGACAAUAUCCACAGCUCACAGAGAUAAAACUAUAACAACCAGUGCAACAGCAACAGUCUCACCUGCAGGACAAGGUACAGGAACAUAUCUCCAAACAAGCCACACUGUGACAGAGGAGGAGGAAGCUUCUACAACCAGAGUUUCAUCAACAAUGUCGUCAUUUAGAGACAAAGACGACGGGGGUGUGAAUACUUACACAGAUACUGGAUAUAUGUAUGUAGUCUCUGUCGUAUGCGUUUCACUAGUUGUAGCUAUACUGACACUUGUAUACUGUGUAUACAAGUUUCUUCAGAGCAGAAAAGGCUCAUAUGACACCAGAGAAGACCUGAAGCCGGAGUUAUUACAGUUCCAAAAUCUUUAGAUUGCCCUUCUCACUCAGCUCCUUCAAUGGAACCGUUCCUAUCUGUUAAAGAACAUCUGUGACCUGGGGGACGGACGUGCCAGCGGACUGCGCCUCUCUCUGAGUCGAAGGGAAAACUGUUCAUAGUAUUGCACUUCAGAGGACAGAAGAUCAGCUCUGCCCUCUGCUUUUUUAAAUGAUGUAUAUUUUCUAUUUCCACAUUAAUUUAACAAAAAAAAUUUAAAUAUUUUUGCCACUACUAUUUUGUACCUUAUUUAUGUAAAAAAAACUGGAGUAAACUUUUCCUUUGUAUUUAAAAAUAUAUAUUUUGGUUUGGAUUUUUUUGUGGACGUUUGAGUCCGUGGGUUUCUGUUAUUAAUGUGUUGCUUUGUCAGAGCAGAGCCUUGAAAAAGGUGAUUCAAGAGGCGCACAAUGUGGUUUAUUCAAUUUGUCGAUCGCAGGGGCGACCGAUAAAGAUACAAUCUGCGGCAUUCUUCGCCUCCUGACUUUCUUUCCAUCAUUGUCCAUUGUUCUGUGGUUCUUUUACCGAGCCGUGCUAAAAUAAUGGGAAACCUUGUUUCAUGAGAAAGUGAAACAGA